AUGUACAAUGCAGCAACAAACACUUCAGUAAAUCCAGAUCCAGCAUCAACGAUGUUCCCAAGUAACAACAUUUAUUGGGAUGGAACAUUAAAUCCUGCUUGCUACAAUCAAAAAGUUCUAACAAAAUGGAAUCCUGUAAAUGGAAGAGGGGAUAGAUUGUUUACAGCUUACAGAGCUUUUUUCAAUGCAUAUGGUGGUUGGCCACAAGAAGAUGGAUCUGGAAAAUAUCCUAUGUUCCAUGGAGAUAUUAUUGGUGAUUGGAGAGAAGAAUUCAUUAUGACAUUGCCUGGUUUCGAUACAUUGAUCAUAUUCACUUCAAGCAUGGAUACAGAUAUUAAAUUAACAUCUCUGUGGCAUGAUCCAGGAAUGAUAGCAUCAAUGACAUUAAAUGGAUACAAACAGAGCCACAUGCCGCUCGAAUACCUUGGUACAGAAACAAACACCACAGAACAUAGACAAAAUUUGAAGAAAUAUCACUUACUUCGUGUUGUUCCAGAUACACCAGCACCAACUCCUCUUCCAAGAACACCUAUUGAAACUCCAACUGCAACCCCAACAAUGCAGCCUAUUAAUAAUAGUGAUUCAACGAAUAACUCUUCAAUUAAAAGUGAUGAAUCAAACAAGAAAAAAGUUAAUGUUGCAGCAAUUGUAGUUCCAAUAAUUUUGGUUGCUGCAGUAGCUGUCUGUGGUUUCUUCUUAUAUCGCUACAUCAAAGCAAAGCGUACAUCAGACAAUAUUACUGAAGUAGCUCUUAUUGUUUAA